GUCCGAGCACGAGCGCCCGACUCUACUCACCGUAAGCCGCACGACCACACGCAUACUCUCAGGCCAGCCUACUAUACCACGUUACUUAUUCCUACACGACUGCAGUAGUUGUCAGCGGUAACUGUGGGCCACCCUUGCACGGUAGCAGGUCAUGUCGUAUCCUUCGUACACCGUACUAGCGCUUGUCCCAGCUGUCGCAUGGCUUGUGUACCUCCAGAUAAGCCAAUGGCGCUUCAAACGAUAUGCGCAUAUUCCCGGCAAGCUGUCAUCCAAUCUCCUCUUUGGGCACCUUGGUCAUAUCGCGGCUGAAUACAGGAGAGCUGGAUUCAGCAGUACCGUUCACCCGGACUAUGUGUUUGAAAAUAUAUGGAAUGCCCAAGGUAGCCCUGAAUACAUGUUUUUCGACACGAGACCUGUGCAAUACCCACUCGUUCUCGUUGCAUCCCAUGAGAUGGCCGAGCAGGUUUCAAGAGCCAGCAAAACGCAGCAAUAUAGUGUCACCAAAUCUCCAACUGUUCAGCAAGGAUUUGGAGAGCUUAUUGGUAGAUAUUCCUUGAUCAGCGAGAACGGCGAAUCUUGGAGAGGGCUUCGCAAGACAUUCAACCCUGGCUUUGCGCCGCAGCAUUUGCUUACCCUACUUCCGGUUGUCGUAGACAAGACUUGUACGUUUGUAAAGAGGCUCGACGCAUUGGCGACCUCUGGCGUUGCAGUUGAGAUGGAGAGUUACUGCACAGACGUUACCUUUGACAUCAUUGGUGAUGUAGUCACGAACAUUGACUGUAGGGCCCAGGACGAUAGCGAACAAGCCCAUGAUAUCGUUCGUAACUUCCGCACGCUCAAGGCUGUAUACACUGGUGACAACGGUCUGAUGGCUUCCUGGUUGAACCUGCCUUUGCGCGUUAAGAAGUACAUCUACAGCCAACGGCUCGACUCGGCCGUCAAGAAGUGUAUCUUGGAGAAGUUCGCAGACAUCAAGGACGCUCAGCAUUCCGAUACAAAGGGAAAGAAAGACCGAUCGGUCCUGGCGCUGGCACUAGAAGGUGUUGACGAGCUGACUCCAUAUAUCUUGCAGAGUACCGCAGAUUCAGUGAAAUCGUUCCUUUUCGCAGGACACGAUACCACUGCUAUCCUCCUACAGAGGCUGUUUUAUGCCCUUUCAAUACAUCCAGAUUGCCUCGCAAAGAUUCGUGCGGAACACGAUGCCGUCUUCGCCGACUCCGAACCAAGCGACGUGUUCCUCGAGCGACCGGAUGAGACCAUGAAAGCGCUAAAGUACACAUCUGCAUGCAUCAAAGAAGCUUUGAGACUUUGGCCUCCAGCAGGAUCGGCACGAAUGUCACACAACGGCUUCAAAUUGCGCACUUCGGAUGGAGACGACGUGUGCGUCGACAAAUGCGUCAUAUACUUGUGCCAUCACAUUAUUCAGCGAGAUCCCAAAGUGUACGGAGACACAGCAAACGAUUUCGUCCCUGAGCGCUGGGUUGGUGACUCCGAUACCAGCAGCGCUUCAACCGAAGACGACGGAUCAACUGCUGGCGAGAGCAAGAUACCCAUUAGCGCAUGGAGAGCAUUUGAGCGGGGACCGCGUAAUUGUAUUGGCCAGGAACUUGCUAACAUGGAGGCUCGCGUGAUUCUGGCAUGCGUCAUGCGACGAUAUGACUUCGUCAAGGUCGGAUUGGGAGAAGUCGAUACAGACGACAUGGGUCAGCCUGUCAUGGACCGGAAGGGCAAAUACAAAACAAAGUCUGAUUUGAUCAACACAAUGUCCAUCACAGCCAGGCCUGUCGACAAAACCAUCAUGCGUGUCAAAUUCCGCGGGUCCACGAAUUGACGAACCAUGACGUUUAGAGAUAUGCGGUUGUGGCCGUAUUUGUAGACGGUAGAUGCUAGACUACUCUCUUGCCAUACACAUGAAAGAAACUGAACAGACACAGCAACAUCAGAACUGCUACUGCAGCCUACAAUAGUGUGUGAGCAAAUGGUUCAUAUGUUUUGACAGCUUUAUAGACUUCUAGGUUCUUGAUCUGCGUUAUCCUCUAAACUGUAAAUU